AAUAGCGGUCGUGACAUCGCUUCUGUUUUUCGCGUUCCGCGGACGGCGAGAGCAUGGUCUCCAUUCGGAUGAAUCGCAGAGAGAAAAGAGUUUUUUUUAAUUCCAGCGCUUCCUGCAAUCGUCAUGGAGGACUGGGCCAGGUGGCCGAAGGUGAAAGUUCUUGUGGCCGCACUCGAGAAACCAGUGAUGCCGGAGAUCAACAUCAAUCAUUGUUCCAGCUCUGAGAGUUUUGACGUUGAUGAUGGUUCUCCACAACCUCGCACAUUAUUGGACGCUGCUAGUCCAUCCGCGGGUCUUCUGGUACAAAGCUUUCCCCAGCGACGGGAAUCAUUUUUGUACCGUUCGGAUCAUGACGUCGACACAUCACCGAAGGCCUCCAGACAUUCUUCACAAGGCAGUGAUACGGAAGAGCUGAUUGUGACUCCUUUCGCACAGAUCUUGGCAAGUCUUAAAAUUGUACGAAACAAUUACAUCACACUCACAAAUGUUUCGCCAACUAACAAACAGAAGAAAGUCUGUGGAAGCCCAGGGAAUAGUGCACCAGUACCCAAAGCAAAUCUUACAGAGGAAGAGCAAGAAAAGCUUGCGGAGGAGACCUUGGAUGAGUUGGACUGGUGCUUAGAGCAACUAGAAACAAUUCAAGCACAUCGGUCUGUCGGAGAUAUGGCAUUUAGUAAAUUCAAGAAAAUGCUAAAUAAGGAAUUAAGCCACUUCUCCUCCGAAUCUAAAUCCGGCAGCCAAAUAUCUGAUUACAUUUGUAGCACCUUCUUAGGUAAGGAACCAAACGAUAAAAAGCAAGAGUUUGAUCUUGAUACAUUGAAAGAAGAAGAUGAGGAAAAUGAAGAGGUGACGGUAGCCCCACUCCUCCCAAAAUCUAAAGGUCGGGCGGGUCAAGCAAUGUCUAGAAUCUCUGGAAUAAAGAAAACAGUUUGCCAUAGCAACAGCUUUAGUGUAUUGCCCAAAUACGGUGUGGAAACGCCAAGAGAGGACGAACUGGGAAGG